CACAUUCAUUUUGCGUUGUUUGAACCGCGCUGGUGAUGUGCUUGUGUACUCGGGUGCCUAUGUGUUCCAUGAACAGUGACCACUGUCGUUUUAAAGGUACAAGUUUUGAUAAUAAUGAGACUUAGUGAUAACUUGUGACUUAGUGAUGACUUAGUGACCAACUACUGUAGUUCUCUUUUGUGAUUAAAAUACUAUCAGAUCAAAGAAGGGAGGCUUAAAUUCUUGUUUUUGUGCUAAAAAUAUUCAUCUGAAACUAUUGCGUUUGUCUUUGAUUGGCGAUUUUCAACGAUUUGACUGCUGAGGUAGGCGUAACGAUGACCAUGCUGUCAACAGUAAGAUCGGUUUGGUGGAUUUAUGGCUUCGAUUACAUCUUCGCUGUGAUGCUGGCGUUCUACAGCAGACUCCACCCGUAUCCAGGAACUAACUUGAUGGACGUUGACCAGCUAGAACCAGAAUACGACUUCAUAAUCAUCGGAGCCGGUUCCGCGGGGAGCAUCCUGGCAAACCGGCUCUCCGAAGAAACCUCCUGGAGGGUCCUGGUCCUGGAGGCGGGGGACCACGAGACGCCACUCUCGGAGGUCCCGGGUCUGAGCCACCGCCUCCGCGACACCUCCAUGGACUGGCAGUACCGCACGGCGCCGCCCCACGGGAACCAGAGCUACUGCCUGGCCAUGAACGACCUCUCCUGCAAGUGGCCGCGCGGGCGGGUCGUCGGCGGUUCCAGCGUUUUGAACUCGCUCCUCUACGUCCGCGGCAACCGGCGGGACUACGAUGGCUGGGCGAGGAUGGGCAACGUCGGUUGGGGCUUCGACGACGUCUUGAAGUACUUCCUGAAAUCGGAGGAUAACGCGAACCCUGAUUUGGUCGAUACGGAUUAUCAUGCUGCUGGCGGGUAUCUCAGCGUCCAGGAUCUGCCGUUUGUCUCGCCUACAGCGGGUUCGAUCAUCGAGGCGGCGAAAUCGCGAGGCUAUGAGAAUCUGGAUAUAAAUGGCAGGAAUCAAACCGGUUUCACCGUUGCGCAGGUCAACCUACGCAACGGAAAGCGCUGCAGCGUCACCAAAGCCUUCAUAAUCCCCGCCGCGAGCCGUCCCAACCUUCACAUCUCCCAGAACAGUUUCGUAACGAAACUAAACUUCGACUCACAACGGCGCGCAGAAUCAGUGACCUUCACCAAAAACGGCGUAACCCACACCAUAAAAGCCAAAAAAGAAAUCAUACUAAGCGCCGGCUCAAUCGGCUCACCGCAGAUCCUGAUGUUAUCCGGUAUCGGCCCCCGGAAACACCUGAAACAACUCAACAUCCAAGUGGUGCAGAACCUCCGCGUGGGGUACAACCUACAGGACCACGUGGGGACCAUCGUCACGUACAGAACGGACGCAGCCGUGACGCUCAAAACCGCGGACAUAUUGAACGAGCGCGUCGCCUUUGAGUAUUUCACCCGCGGGGAUGGACCCCUGAUGUCACCUGGUGGUUUCGAAAUCCUCGGGUUUAUAAACACCGAACACGCUGAUAGUUCUGGAUCAUACCCGGAUGUUCAACUCCAUUCUAGGGCACAGAGCAUGUUCAACAGUGAUGAGAAACCCUUCGGCGAGAAACUCUACAACCUCCGCCCCGACCUAUUCAUCAACACCGGGUACGAGAACCUAACAAACGAGUACCUUUUCGAAUUCACGGUGGAGGUACUACGACCAACAAGUCGUGGUAGGGUGCGCCUGGCCAGUGCCGAUCCCACAAACCACCCGAUUAUUGAGCCGAACUACUACGCAACGAAGCAAGAUGUUGAUACUAUGAUCGCUGGUAUGAGAUGGACGAUGGGGCUGGCGUCUAGUAACGCCUUCAAAAAACUAAACGCAACACCCGUCACGAUCCCGCUCCCCGGUUGUGAGGGGCUCGCGGGGGAUUCGGACGGGUAUUUCGAGUGUGUGAUGCGGCACUACACGCGGACGGGGUACCACCCGGUGGGGACGUGUGCGAUGGGGGUUGGGAGGGGGGCGGUGGUGGACCCGCGGUUGAGGGUGGUCGGGGUUGGGGGGUUGAGGGUGGUCGACGCGAGUGUCAUGCCGACGAUCCCGAGCGGGAAUGUGGCCGCGCCGACGAUGAUGAUCGCCGAGAAGGCUGCUGAUUUGAUCAAGGAGGACUGGGAGAGGCUGUAGAAGGCUGAUUAUUGAUAUUGAUGGGGGUGAUUUCACGAUAACUGGAAUAGUUUUGUCGCCGUAACAGACAACACAUUUUUCGGUCAUAUUUUGAGUAGUAUAGUAAUGAGAAUCACUCGAAUUUUUUUGCAUUAACCUACACAGGGUCACGCGUUAUAACACUUUUCAACGAUUUAUCGCUCUACUUUUCAUAAUUUUAAUAUAUACAUGGCUGAAAGUGUGCUGUCUGUUACGCUGACUUUUUACCACGCAACAGACAGCACGUUUUCGGAAUUUACAUAAUAUUAAUUGAGAAGUAGAGCAAUAAAUCAUUAGAAAGCGUUAUAUUGCGUAACCCUUUGCAGAUUAACGCGAAAAAAUUGGAUUAUCAUCACUACUAAAAAUAUGACCGAAAAAUGUGUUGUCUGUUACGGCGACAAAACUAUUCCAGUUAUCGUGAAACCACCCAUAGACAAAAAAGACAAAUGGCAAAUUGAGCGGAAUGGGUCGCUAAACCAUGAACGAAUUGUAUUGCAUUUUGCAAAAAGGAACUAAGAGCAUUCCGAUGUCGCUAAAAUUGUGCAACUUUUUUAUCUUGCAAAUAUAAAUUGAUCAUCUAAACAAGUUUUAUCUUCACUCCCAAUAAACAAUAAGUUUAAGAUGAAAAUUACCUUUAUAAAUUUAAUUUUUUGCAUGAUUUUAGUCAUUUUAUUGCAAAGAAUGUAACCCUCACAAUCCUAGUGGCAUUGAAAUGCUCUUGGUUCCUUUUUGCGAAAUGCAAUCCAUUUAUGACUUUCGAAAACAUCACUCUGAAAGUCAAUGACAUAGAGCAAUAGAUGCGCACAUGGAGAAUACAAAAAAGUAGCUCAGAGACCUAGAAAUACGCAGUUCAAAACGCGCAACUUUUUCGCAAAUUUAAAAAGCCUCGCUUUCGUGCCAAACUGAACCGAAUGAUGUAAUCUGGCACCAAUCAGAAGCGGGCAUGGGUUUCUGCGACUUCCGUCGAAUGUUUUAUUCCUACUCCUCGUAUAUGAAACCAAGAGGAAAGUCGAGACUAUUUCUUCAGAAUCUAAUCUGAAUCAUGUUAUUAGAGGUAAAUACGCAACAAUUCCACGAUGAAAUACCAUUUAUUUUAACAAACACCAGUCAAAAAUGAGAUGAGGUAGCGAUUUGACUUCCGUGGUACACCGGUGCCUUCAUUAUUUUGCCCUUCCGGCGCCCAUUUAAGAGUUCUUCAAGUUUUUGAGCUUUUUAAAAGCGAGCUUGUCCAGAAUUUUGGCUCCAAAAAUACGCGAUAAAUCACCACGUUAUCUACUUGCCCGGUGCUUGCGGAAUAUUAAAUAAAAAUACGAGGUUUAGUGGGCUAUUACUCCUGACUCAUUUUCCCCCAAAAUGAGACUUCACUUGUCUCUGGUAAACACGAUCCAAUAGUUUGAUCGAGCGAAAAUAAAAUUGAAGAACUAAGUCCGCCUUCAAUUUCGUACCUAUGCAUUUUCGGCUGCUCGGGGAUUAAAAUAGUUGUAUCACAUACUCUGGUCCAUCCUUGAAUGAGCUUAACGGAUUCUAUGGAAUGCAAACUAUGUUAAAUAAUCUGUGAGGCCUUACUUUAAUUGAAUGAGCCUCAUAUUAAUAAUCCUUAUUUUCAUUGAACUACGUUAAAUUGAACUUCCACCUUAAACCUUCAUAAAAACUAUUUGUAACAAUAUUUUUUCAAACGAAUAAAAAAAUAAUACUUUGCACA